GGGGGGUCGUCUGCCGUUGUUUACUGACGCCUCCGAUGUCCCGUAGCAACUCGAUCCCGGAUGUCCCGCGUCUCACCGCGAUUACGUCACUUUCCCGAGUCUCACCACGAUCUCGGUAUCAAUCAAUUAAUCUCCGCGUCUCACCGCGAUCUCUAUCAAUCAAUCUCCAUAUCUUACCGCGAUUUUUCCCUGCGUCUCACCGCGAUUUCUGUGUGCGGGUCGGUGCUUGGAGUUUCUCAAUGUCUCUCAGGUGUUUUGGCUUCUGUCAGGUCUCUCCGUGUCUCUCAGGGCUGUCCAUGUCUCUGACGCGUCUCUCAGGGCUCUCCAUGCCUCUAAAGUCUCUCUGUGUCUCUAAGCGUCUCACAGGGCUUCUCCGGGUCUCUGAAGUCUCUCAGCUUCUCUCAGCGUCUGUCAGGUCUCUCAGCCUGUUCGGGCACCAUGUGUUGCAGGAAGAACGGCUGAAAACACGACAGACACAGGUAGCGAGCAUGUGUGCAUGUGUGUACUUUCCCAGGAUGUGCUCUCUUUGUGGCAGGAAGACGUUGAAUAAGGAGGUGUUGAAAAAUUCUGAAUUUUUGAGAACCCCAGCAGAUUGGACUCCUCUUAUGCAGUUUGUUGUACACCAGGACUUUUUCUGUGUAGGAUUUCUGGAUGCUGUGAGACGGAACAAGAUAAAAGAUGGCGAUUCCUAGGUCUUAGCUAACACAAUUAUAUGUUAACGACCCAAAGAUGAGGGAACAGAAGACUGUAUGAGUAGAUAAUGGAACCAGCAAGAAUUGGCUUGACUGAUAGGUCUGUCAAAGACAGGAAAGGCCAGAAGAUAAGCAGAGAGGAAGACUUCUGGCCUUCAACAGAAGACCACCAGAGUAUGCCAGACAACCGACCACCCAAGGAUGCUAGUACGCAUACAAAUAGAGACAGAAACUAUGUUAAUGAUUCUUCGGAGACCUGAUGAAUAUACAAGAGACUUACAGGAAAUUAAAUGAAUAUGCAUUUGUCCCACUAAUAUAAGCACACUGCCAGUACCCAUUGGUGAACAAGUUAGGUGGAGCUACCCCCUUGUGCUCAGUGUGUGUGUGCAGUGCCGAAUAAACAUACUUACUUUACAAUUUUA